AGCGUUUCUUGUAGUUGUUGUACUAGGUUCAUCUUGUUUUUCCUUUUUAAUCACUUCACGGUUCUCUUAUAUCAAACAAAUUAUUUUAGGUGUAUUACCUGACAUGUUUCGGCGGUUUCUUCCGCCUUGAAGUGGUUUCUUGUAGUUGUUUACUGCUGUCGCUGCGGUCUGCCUCUUUCAGGCCGUGAGACGCAUAUGAGGAAGACGGUCCACUAGGUUAGGUCCUUUUCAUAGCACCAGGAUGGGAACAACACUGUCUGUGGAAGAUGAGCUGGAGCAGACGCCGAAGGUGCUGUCAACAGUCAGUGAUAAAAUUUUGCAGACAGACGAUUUUCCUCUGUGUGCUGCACAAAUUGGCACCGAACUCCAGAAGCAGUUUGCCGCCCUGCCAGGAGGCCGCGGGACUGAUGGCAGCCCUAUCAUCAUCUUCCCAGAAUUCCCAACUUUCAGCGAACUGGAAGAGGACGAAAUCAAAAAUGUGCUUAACUACCUCACAACUGUGCCCAGCAUUGCCGCAUCAGGAAUAGGAUUCAUUCUAGUCAUUGACAGGCGACUGGACCGAUGGGCUGCUGUAAGGGCUACCCUGCUUCGAAUCGCAGGAUCCUUCCCAGCGACUGUAAACUUGGUUCUGGUGUUGCGUCCCACUACUUUGCUGCAGCGGGCACUGUCAGACUUCCUCUUCAAGUUCAACAAGGAUGAGUUCAAAAUGAAGCAGGUGGUCAUGCUGAGUUCGGUGACCGAGCUCCAUGCCUAUAUCGACCCAGGACAACUAACCACAGAAUUGGGGGGCGCACAAGAAUACUGCCAUGAAAGCUGGAUUUCACACCGCACUGCAAUUGAAGCAUUUGCACUGAUGGUGAAAACGACGGCUCACACUCUACAGAACUUUGGCACCGAGCUUGCAGAAACCGAAUUGCCCAAUGAUGCUGAGGCCACCACCAGUCUGCUGCACUCACAUUCUCUCAAAAAAGACAAAAUGAAGGAGGACCUACGGGUGUCUCAGUCACAAGGCGCCCGUCUCUUGGAUUAUAUUAAUGAGCCUUUUCAGACUGAUACGGAAUACCUUAUGACCCAUGAUGAACUGGAAAACUUAGCCACUGUACAGCGACUCUUGGGUCAACUGGACGAGACAGAGACGGCAUUUGACGAUUUCUGGGAACGCCACCGUUCCAAGCUGGAACAAUGUUUGCAACUUCGACGAUUUGAGCAGCACUUCCGUGAAGUGCGCUCCCAACUUGAUGCAACGUCGGAACGGUUAUGCGGUUUCUCAGAGGUCAGCGUAAAUCCCUCCCAUGCUGAGCACGUCCUCCGUGAGCUCAGUAGUCAUGAAGAAAAAGCCUGUGAUGUUCUGGAUUACGCAUUGUCGCUUGCCAGCGAAGGCGACGGACUGAUCGAGAACGCUCACUAUGCGGAGGACUCCAUACGGCCCAAGUGCUGUGAACUGAGGGCAGUAUGUGAGGUGAUCAGUUCGACUCUGAGGGACAAGAAGAGCUUUCUUCUAACGGCGAUGGAACUCCACCAUGCCUUGGAGAAGGCCUCCCGUUGGUGCGAAGAGGGGAUUUAUCUGCUGGCGAGCCAGCCAGUGGACCGAUGUCAGUCUCAAGAUGGAGCUGAGGCUGCUCUCCGAGAAUUAGAACGCUACCUGGAAACUGCACCACUGCACACCCUCAUCGACUGCAGCGCUAUCUGCUGCCAGUAUGAAGCGGUGCUCACCACUCAGCUCAGGGACCAGGUAGAGAGAGUUUUUCAGAAGCAAGGUUCUGUCCAGGAGAUGUUUGAGAAGAGACGCAUCAGUCUGAAAAAGCUUGCUGCCAAACAGACGCGACCAGUUCAGCCAGUGGCUCCAAGACCGGAAAUCAAAUCUCCACAGGCAUCUCCCAAUCAACAGAGAAAAGAGAGGAGAUACUCUGCAGAUAAUGCCCUCUACAGAAAGGUGGAGUCUCCCAUACCCAACGGUGGCACCAGACAUGCCUCCCUCUCCGAGGAAGACGAAAACUUGGCAGUGCUGCGACGUCACGUGAUGAAUGAACUGCUGGAGACUGAGAGAGCAUAUGUGGAGGAGCUCCUGUGCGUUUUAGAGGGCUACGCGGCAGAAAUGGACAAUCCCUCCAUGGCGCACCUCAUUCCUAGUAUGCUGCUGAGCAAGAAGGACAUCUUGUUUGGGAACAUGUCAGAAAUCUACCAGUUUCACAAGCGGACAUUUUUGAAAGAACUUGAGGCUUACACAAACUGUCCUGAACUUGUGGGCCACUGCUUUUUAGAACGAAUGAAGGACCUACAGAUCUACGAAGCUUACUGCCAGAAUAAACCUCGCUCUGAGAGUUUAUGGCGGCAGUGCUCGGAUUGUGCCUUCUUCCAGGAGUGUCAGAAGAAGUUGGAACAUAAGCUUGGAUUGGACUCCUACCUCCUUAAACCUGUCCAGAGAAUCACCAAAUACCAGCUGCUGCUAAAGGAAUUGUUAAAAUACAGUAAAGGUUGUGAUGGCUGUGAUGACCUUCAGGAAGCUCUCUCUUCCAUUUUGGGCAUCCUGAAAGCUGUCAAUGACUCCAUGCAUCUCAUUGCCAUCACAGGAUACGAGGGUAACCUGUCAGAGCUGGGUCGCUUGCUGAUGCAAGGCUCCUUUAGCGUGUGGACGGAGCACAAGAAAGGACAUGCCAAGGUCAAGGACCUAGCCAGGUUCAAGCCCAUGCAGCGGCAUCUGUUCUUGCAUGAGAAGGCCCUGCUCUUCUGCAAGAAGAGGGAAGAGAACGGCGAGGGAUAUGAAAAAGCUCCGUCUUACAGCUUCAAACACUCUCUCAACAUGAGUGCAGUGGGAAUUACAGAGAGUGCUAAAGGAGACAGCAAGAAGUUUGAGGUUUGGUGCAAUUCACGAGAGGAAGUUUUUAUUGUCCAGGCUCCAACAUUUGAGAUCAAAACAUUGUGGGUGAAUGAGAUUCGCAAAGUUCUUACCCAACAGCUCAAAGCCUGCAGAGAUGCCAGCCAGCAGAAGAGCGAUUCCCCAAACCACACCGCCAACUGCUCCAUCUCCCUCAGUUCUUUUCGGAGCAGCAGUCAAAAGAACCAGAAAAAGCAGGAGGAAAAGAAGGCAGAGGCCAUCCCCGUGUCCGACAGCAACUCUAUGCUUGCCAAACACAAAGAUGAGACGGUGACAAGUCCAACCGCGGACAGGUCCUCAGUGGCUAAAAAGCGUUUUACUUUGCAGGGCUUCAGCAAUCUCAAGAGUCCAAAAGCCUCUCACAUCAGUCUGAGCAAAGUCAAAUGGGCCAGCGCCUCUAGUCUGUUACAGAACAAGCGGCGAGGCUGGACUAAAGUGUCGCUCUCGGUGGAUGCCUCUGAAGAGAACGAUGGAUACUCCAGUGGUGAGGAGCCAUUGAACUCUGACACGGAGGAAGAUGCAGGACAGAAGCUGAUUCCAGGAAAGUACACGGCAGUGGCAGACUCUGAGAAGGCAGGACCUCAGGAGCUGUCAGUCAAGAGCGGAGACAUGGUGCAGCUCAUCAGAGAGGGAGAGGAGGGCCAGUGGUUUGUGAGGAACCUUCGCAGCAGCAAGGAGGGCUGGAUGGCCCAUGCAAACCUACUCGGCCUAAUUUCUGACUCCAAGUCAUCUCAGUCAAUCAGCAGCUCAGAUGACAGUGUCUCUGGAAACCUGAGCACUUCCUCCAGCUGCAGUGAGACCUACACCAGCUUCUCAGACAUCAAACCUUGACCUAUCCAGCAUCACAGGCAACCAAGUGCUGCGACAUCAACAAUCGUCACCAGUGUUUUAGCUGAGUGUUAUAUGCUCAUUACAGUCUCUAUCUGUUCAAUUAUGUAGCAUUGACGUGGACACGUCUCAAGAAUGUCUGCGCUGGAUAUUUAAAAAAUACUGCUGGCAGUGAGUCACGGCGAACACAAUUUUCCUGAGAAUAGCAGAGGUGGCAUUUAGUGUUCCAUGUCAAUCAGCACUGUGAAAACUGCCAAUGAGCUGCAACUAGCAUCUAUUGACUUGCAGCACAAGGGCACGAAGAGUCCGCAAAACGUAUCCGAAUAGGCUUCUCUGAUACAUUUGCAGCUGUUCCUAUCAAUAUUAAAUGCUACGCUGCUGGAAUCACCAGCACCAUCUAAUGGUCAGACGCUUCUCUACUUUCCACAAAGUAAUCUGAGAGGAUGUGGACAUUGUUCCUUGGAGAGAGUUUGCCGGGCUCACCUCUCAGCUGCUCUGGAUUAACCUCUGAGGCAGCACAGGGCUGGCAGGUGUGACUACAUUCCAGCCCCGCUUGGACUAAAGUCUCGUGUGCACGUUCUCGCACAUCUACAUGCAAAUUUGCUUUUCAGAACAAACCGUACAUGCUUGGUAUCGGAUUUAAAUGUAUAGCUUCAUUAGGAACACUCAAGGAAUUGUUUCAAAUACUGCUUAUCCAUCUCCGGUUUGCACUACUUAGCAAAAUAACAGGCUUUCUCCCAUUGUGCUGCUCCCAGCCCAACUCAGGCAUGUGAUAGUCGUCACUUCUCUUAAAGCAACGAGACCCAGACCGGCUCAGCUUGUUUGUCCCAUCAGCCUGACAAACCUCUUAUUUCUUUACUACAGUCCUGUCAUGUAACAGACAGGAAGGUGCAAACAAUAUGAGAUCUACAUACAAACACGGUUGGUUAUGAGGAGGUUGGUUACGAUGCACCUCAACUUGCGACAACCAUUGUGAGAAAGGAAAGUUCAAUCAUUUUCAUUGUUGAGACUUGCAGUCUCAACAAUGAAAAUGCCUCCUACCUUGUUUGACAACCAUUUUUUUUCCUCCAACCCGCUACAUUUAUUGUACUCGCACGUUUGUUUACCAUCCAUGUUAUGCGAGGCACCCAAAUCCAAUGCAGCUCACUGGCAGUAAAAGCAGCCCCACCUGUUUAUUGCUUGGAAUCAGGUCUAUCCGUCUUGUGACAAGCCCGUGUGACAGUUAUCAGCGUUUUUGAUAAUGUAGGCUCCCUGUUUUUGUUGAGAAUCACUUGAAGCGAUUUUUUUUCCUCAGUCCAAUGUAAUUGUCCACAGCAGAAUGCAUGUCUUCUCUGUAUAUGGACUUGACGUCUCACAUGCUAAAUCUGUGGCUGUCACUGUGUGUUGGUAGUUCUAAUGCAGAAAUGUCGCUCUUGUACUGUCUUCUGACAAAUACCUCACCUCAAUUGCUAGGCGUGAAUAGUCGAGAAUAUUUUUGUGAGUGUCCCCCCCAGGAAAACAUGUUACCAGCCAUUGUUGUACAUUUGGGGUGUUUAUUUUCUGCCCUCAUAUGAAUGCUGACACACACACUAGUUGUUAGUGUUUGAUCACAGUCAGGCAAUUUGUACUGUCAACAUGGAGGCUGAAGAGAUUUUGUUUAUAUUUUGUACUUUCUUUUUACACAGCACAUUGCAGCCCCCACAAUCUUUAUUUUCCUACUGUAUAGCUACGGACUAUGGCAUUGAUAUAAAGCUAUUAUCUCUGUAUAUUUGUAAAUAUGUAAUUGUGUAUUGUAUGUAAAAUCAGAAGCAGCUUUAAUAAAGUCAGAUGGUUUCCUCUUUUA